AUGGAGAAGUUCUCGAAGCCAAUGAGGGACCUUUGCGAAGAAACCUUAAGAGAAUUCGUUAAUCCGCUAAGUUCAUCUCCAGAGGAGGCGAGACUGAUUUCUACUGCUGACAACCAGAUCUUGUCUUCCCUUCGAAAGGACGUUAUAGUAGCUCUUAUCUACGAUGGAGUUGAUACACUUGAUCCAACUUUCUCCAACCAAUUUGUUGAAGGAAAAACGUUUGACUAUCAAGGAGAUGAUGGAGUGGGCCAGUACUAUGUCUCAGCAAACGACCAUGGAACCGACAUGGCCAGGAUGAUCUUGAAAGUCUGUCCCAUGGCAAGGAUUUACUCGAUCAAACUGAAGACGCAACCUAGCAAAGGCGGGCAACAUUUGACUAUUGACGAAUCAUCAAUUGCGCCUGCGAUUGAAGCAGCCUUGGAGAAGAAGGCAGAUGUCAUCUCCAUGUCGUGGACAAUCCCCAUCCCAGAGGCAGGGACUGAUAAUCAGAAACGAAUUGACAAAGUUAUUAAGUUGGCAUGUUCAAAAGACGUCCUCAUGUUCUGCUCCUCGCCAGACCAAAGGACUCAGACCAAGCAUUAUCCUUCUCAUUACAAUCGUUCGAAAAUAUUCUUGAUUGGUGCUGAUGAUGAUAGCGGAACAGCUUUCAACCAUUCAGGGCUGGACAACGACUUCAUCUUUCCUGGAGUCAAUGUCAACACAGGCAACAAUCACAACAGGUCCUACUCAAACGACCCAACAUAA